AUGCGAGUUCAUCCAAACCCUUCACAUUCUGACUAUGUUUCUUAUAUAAAAAGAGAUGUUCUCUUUCCUCAAAUUCAACCUGCUGAUAGUAUUACUGUCUUUGUUGAGAUUGACGUUGCUGUUGAGACAAUCACAACUUCUGUAGAUGAUUCGUUUGGACCAUGUAGAAGUUGCACUUGUGAGAGGCAACUUGGCGAAGAUUAUUUGAAACUGCUGAGUGAUAUGGUGCUUACCGAUUUCACUAUUAAAGUCCAAGACAAAGAGAUUCACGUGCACAAAGCUAUACUCGCUGCUCGCUCACCUGUUUUUUCAGCAAUGCUGCAACAUGUUGAUACUAGUGAAUCAAAAACGGGUAUACUCGAAAUAAAGGAUGUUGAAUAUAACGUUGUAAAGGAAAUGCUUCGGUUUAUAUACUGUGGAAAAAGUUCUGGGGAGUUGAGCGAGAUUGCUUCUGAUUUACUUAUUGCUGCUGACAAAUAUAGAUUGGAAGAAUUAAAGAAUCAUUGUGAACAAAGCCUUAUACAGGCUAUUAAUUUCGACAAUGCUUGUCAUUUGCUAAUUAUUGCUGAUAUGUAUGGUGCUUCAAACUUACGUAAAAAGGUGCUACAUUUUAUCAAACUUCAUCCUAAAAAAAUUGUACACACCGCUGGAUGGAUUUCUAUAAUCAAAGAACAUCCUCAACUUGCUACGGAUAUUGUCGCUUCUUUUGAUAAAAGCUAA